AUGGAGCCCAGUGACAUCAUCGCUGUUCAGGAACAACCACUGAUGCUGCACUGUCAGGUGGAGGGGAUUCCACCAAUCACCACACAGUGGAGGCGCAAUGGACAGCUGAUUUUGGAGGACCAAAACUACGUCAUGUUCACUAAUGGCUCGCUUCUGAUUGCUCACUUCCAGAAGGCCAAGUCUGAUGGCUCUUCUGAUGAGGGAGACUAUGAGUGCAUGGCCCAGAACUUCUUUGGGGUUGUCUUAAGCCGCAAAGCAAGAGUGCAGGCUGCUACAAUGGCAGAUUUUCAUUGGACUACUGUAUGUCACAGUGAGGGUGUUGUUCAGAACUACCUGGACUCCCUGCUGCGUACAUCAGGCUGUGUGUCGAAUCCCUGCUCGCCUCUGUGGGUCCCGUCCCCUUGUGACAGUGGAAUCAGUGACGACACCCCAUUAGAUCACCAGGACAACCCCCAGCUGCUCGACUCCAUCUUCCUCCCUCACUAUCCUCAUCUUCAUACUCAGGCUCUUCCUCAGCAGAUGGAGGAGCAGGGUACACCUGCACCUGCCACAAACACAGAACUAGACUUCUCCAUUGAUAUGGCUGAAUGGGAGGCCUGUUUAUUCUCAGAUGGUCUGACAGACUCUGAGUGUCUGUCAUCAGUGCAGAGAAUUCAACCAACUGUUCAAGCUGCACAAGUUCACCAGCUCACCAUUAAAGAGCUGCUGCUCUCCAAUAUCGGAGAACCGUCAUCCACCCAACAGUCGCAGCAGGAACUGGUUCUCAGUGAAGAUGAAAAGAAACUUUUAGCCAAAGAAGGAGUCAGUCUCCCCAGCCAACUUCCUCUUAACAAGUAUGAAGAGAAGAUUUUGAAGAAAAUUCGGAGAAAAAUCCGUAACAAGCAGUCAGCACAGGAAAGUCGGAAGAAAAAAAAGGAGUAUAUCGAUGGAUUGGAGGACAGAAUGACUGCCUGCAGUACACACAAUCUGGAAUUACAGAGGAAAGUCAUACAGCUGGAGAAGACCAACACGUCUCUGAUGGAGCAGCUGCGUAGGCUACAAUCUCUGGUGAAAAACAGCUCCAGUAAACCUGCUCAAACUGGCACCUGCAUCCUGGUGCUGGUCCUCUCUUUCUCUCUCAUUCUGAUCGCAAGCCUCCAGCCCAUCUCUCACAGGAGGGCCAAUGGCUCCGCGGAGUUCAGCACUGCCAAAGUUCAGUCCAGGUCACUACGCUCUGUGAUGUACAGCAUGCGGCCUGGCUUCUCUGUCGAAAGGAAUAUUGACAUGUCCUCUUCCCCUCGUACAAAGCUUCAGCUCAGACCUGAGUAUGCUGACAUGGACCCCCUGUUUCACAACUAUAGCUACGGAGACCAUGAGCAACACCUAGGUGACCCCAUCGCCGGUCGCACAGCCACUCUGAGCUGGAUAACGCUCCCAGAGAGAGGACUGCAUCUUCAGAAAGAUAGGAAGUGA